GCGAAGAGUUGUUGAGUUUGAAGAAUGGGCCGUUCUCUUAGAGCCUCCGUGGAGCUCUUAUAGGUCAGUCAUCCAUGAAGCAGUCCACUGCAGUGAACCACAGCCAGUACAACCACCAGCCGAGCAGAGCGCAUGAUGGCACGAACCAGCGCACACCACAGACAGACGCACAGACCCGGAGGAUGGCCCUGGACCUACACCUGAAGCAGAUCAUCCUGUUCCUCCUGCUCGUGCCCGGCUUCACGUGCAGCAGGAUGUGUCUGGAUGAGCGCAACCUGACGGACGCGGUGCUUCGGAAGCUCCACAACCACUUCCUGCAGCCGCCGGCCCCACCUUUACGCACCGCAGAACAGGAGCCUGUCACCUGUCCCCUGGAUCUGUACCAGCAUCAGAGACCCUCAGAGGACCCGAGAACCAGGUCCCUGUCCCCCUGGAGAUACGUACAUAAAACCGACCCAGAUUACUUCCCGUCCUCCUACUACGAAGCCAAGUGUCUGUGUACCGGAUGCAUCAUGUUCAAAGACGACGUUCCGUACCAGAACCACAGCUUCAACUCCGUAGCCUUAAUGCAGACCCGGCUGUUCCUGAAGAAGGAACCGUGUGCAGGCGGAAAGAAAUACCGCCUGAAGCUGGAGGCCAAGAAGGUAGCAGUGGGAUGCACAUGUGUGAGACCCCCCAGAACCUUCUGAAGUGGACUCAUCCAGACCUGCUGACCUGUGGACAGCUACACUGCACGUUGUGUUUGUUUUAAAAUGCAUUCAGUUCUCUGGGGGGGGUUCCAUCAGGAGGUUAUAUGGGACCAGUUGGACCUCUGUGGUCUGGAAUGUAACACUAAUGUGGGGCUUAAGUUCUCAGCUUUAUGCUUCCUCAGGACCCAGAUUCACAAACAUACGUCAUAAACUCCUUUUAGUUCAGGUUCCACAUUCAGACCAAUAUGAUCUCAAAUGGUCAUAGUGUCAAAGUCAAAUUACAUUAUAGAAAUGUAAAGAACCUAAACAACCAUGAAAUAUAUUUUCAAAAAAUAAGUGUAAUUUCAACAAUAUUAUGUCUCAGCUUAUUAUUAACACAGUGGAUCUACAAAGACACAAAACAUUUAGUAACAGAAAGAAUAUGGUCAAAAUUGCACUUAUUUUUCUUCAGAAAUUUCAGAUUUCUCAUAUUUGUUCAGGUUAUUCAUAUAAAACUUGUCUGAAAGGCGGUAAAACAAGUCUAAAAUAUGGGAAAAACAUAUUAUUUGAUGGUUAAAUCAGAUUUAAAGUUGGCAAAAACAG